GUAAUUACCGCAACACGUUCACUAGUGCUUUGUGCCGAGUCCCGCCGCGAAAUGGAAGACUGGGUUACCUCGCUCAAAUCCGCCUCGAUACCGGCACGUGCGCGCGGCGAUAGUUUCUACAUAGAACAACACGAUUUGUUCUUCAACCACCACCACUGGUAUGCAACAUCUCACGCGCGACCCACCUACUGUAAUGUUUGCCGCGAUGCUCUGUCCGGCGUUACCUCGCAUGGCCUCUCGUGCGAGGUAUGCAAAUGUAAAGUACAUAAGCGGUGUGCCGCCAAAGCGAUUGCCAAUUGCAAGUGGACUACAUUGGCCACCGUUGGCAAGGAUAUCAUUGAGGAUCGUGAUGGCAGCAUCAUAAUGCCACAUCAAUGGAUGGAGGGUAAUUUGCCGGUGUCAUCGACUUGUGCCGUUUGCAAGAAAACGUGCGGCUCUGUGCUGCGUCUACAGGAUUGGCGUUGUUUGUGGUGUCGCGAUACGGUACACGUUGCUUGUCGUCCACAACAUCCUGUCGCAUGCCCACAAGGACCAGCCAAGCUGUCGGUGGUGCCACCCACUUGUGUGCACUCCAUUGGUAAUGAUGACUCUUGGGAUGUGGAAAGCCCGAAGGGAAACUUUUCGCCGCUUUUAGUGUUCGUCAAUUCAAAGUCGGGUGACAAUCAGGGUGUCAAAUUUUUGCGGCGCUUCAAACAGCUCUUAAAUCCAGCGCAAGUAUUCGACCUCAUAUCGACCGGCCCCAGUUUGGGAUUGCGUCUCUUCAGGCAUUUUGAAAUGUUUCGGAUAUUGGUUUGCUCCGGCGAUGGUUCUGUGGGUUGGGUGCUCAGCGAGAUUGAUCGAUUUAAUAUGCAUAAACAAUGCCAAGUAGCAGUUAUGCCCCUGGGUACCGGCAAUGAUCUUGCGCGCGUACUAGGUUGGGGCUCAUCCUGCGAUGAUGAUGCACAUCUGCCACAAAUACUCGAACGUUACGAAUCGGCUAGCACUAAAAUGCUUGACCGCUGGAGCAUAAUGGUCUUCGAGAAAGCCAUCGCUGUACAACCAAAGACCCCGAAGAUGUCAUUGUCGAGUGCACAAGAAGCGCUGCUCACUGGUAUGGUUACAGCGGCUAAUUUGAAUUUGCGCUCCAUUGUCGAGACCGAUGAUACUCAAACGCUCGUAGCUGCCACGAAAACACUCUGCGAGACACUCGACGAACUAAUGGUGCAGAUCUGUGAGAGUCGCAAGGACGAUGAACAAUUAACGAUUAAAUGUGACAUAUUGCGUGAGAAGUUGAGUAUGCUGCUGGAUGCUUUGCGCGAAGAAGAGACCGGUGUGCAUGCCGGUGAUGAUCUGCUAACGACAAUCAGUAAUAUAAUAGCAAAAAGUGCGCCCACCUCACCAACUGCCUCGCCUACGCCCUCGCCAUCUUCCUCACUGCUUAAUCCAAACAUAUCAAUCGAGAAAAACGAAAAGGAUCAAUUCAAUACAAAUGAGCGUCGGAAUAGCCGUUCGCUGCGCUCGACUGAACGUGAAUCGUUGCAAUGUCGCGCCAAUAGUGUCAAGCGCGCCAUGUACAAUGUUGUCGAACACUCGGAACCAGGCCGACCCAAGCGCUACCAACGUAAACUCUCCAUUACGCCCUACGAGGCUUUGAAAAUACCAUCCAGCGCUUCGGGUGAGUCGACGCCUUGCUCUUCGCCGCUGCCUAUCAUACCGCCAAUCAACAUUAUCUCGCCCACUAUGGAAAGCUCUCGCCUCACAUGCAUAUCCCCACUGCCCGAUACGCGUCGCGACUCAGUCGACGAAAAUUUCUUCAAUUCGAUUAGCUUACCUGUACCGCGUCAAUUUGCAGACAGUCGCCGCAGCUCAGGCGUACCCGAAGUUAUACAAGAGAUAGAGGAAAAUGGCCAGAACGGCCAUACGGAGAUAGUCUAUCGUGUCGGUAGGUUAUCGCUUAGUGGCGGUGCCAAUAUUGAUGACUACGGCAAUCGCUUGCCCAUGGUAGGAGACGGCGGUGAUGUUAGCUCGCCAACUGAACGCAAAAUUGACUUUCUCAGCGUACCAAUACUAACUGGCGAACAGAUUGUAGAUCCACUCUCGGAUUAUCGUCCUAUUGAGGUAUUCGAACGCAACUAUUAUAUGAGUCGUGAAUUAGAUAUGGAAAAGAAACGAAAGCAAAGUGCGAUUUCAGAGGACGAGCACAAAAACGAAUGCGACAAGGAGGAGCAAACAGUGCCGGAAAAGGUUAAGGAGCUGCGUUUCGGUGAUGUGGCUUGUCAACUGCAGGUACCGAACGUAGCCAUAUCCCUUAAAGCCCCAAAUGUAUACUCAAGCGAAAGCAUAACAAUCAUUGACACAGAUGUACCCACUGAGCAGUCAUCAUCAGAAGAAUUGCCAGGCGGUGAGGCGAGUGAUGUCCUAUCGGCCAUUGGUGAUGAGGAAUGCAGUGUAGCCUCAGAGAUAUUCGACAGGCAACCUGAGGUGCAAGAGGCUGAUCAUCCAUUACAACUGGGCGACAUUAUACAGAAUCUCGAUGCGAACUCCUUCACGCAUAUCGAUUCGCCCGAGACGAGCGACGAAACCGAAGCGGUGCCAGGCGAAUCGCUCAUGGAUGAUAUCAGUUCAGUGUUGGGCCACGACAUCACAUGCGCUCUGCAGGACAACACCAUUACCGACGACACAACGAUGCUCUGCUCGGAUGCCCAUCCGGCACCGGUGAAGUCGAUACGCAAACAAUCGCUCAGCAUGGGCGGACAGCGUGGCAUACGACGAAAUUCAUCGCCACCACGUUUUGCGCAAUUGGCGCGCAUGGAUAGCGAUGAGAAUCCGCAGCAGUUCGGUUUUGAGAAUAUCGUUUUUGAAAUAGACAAUCGUUGCGAUGACCAAAAGAUACGUGAGCCGCCACGUUACUGCAGUCUGGCACAAUUUGUGGAGGGCAAUGAUAUAGCGCGUCAGAGCUUCAAGCGUCCUAAAAAGCGCACUUCCCUACGUAAACCCAAAUCCUCCAUACUUAUCUCACAACAACAACUAUCCAUUGAUGCCUCAACUACAACAACGACGACUACAACAACAACAACCGCCACCUACUCGAGUGGCCAACAGUCUGAGGAUGAUGAACUUACCACACAAACAGCAACGGCCAUAAAAAUUGAGAUUUGCGAUAUUGAGACAUUGGCUCAGGCGGAAAGUGAGACGACGUCCGCGACAUUUUUAGAUUCUAGUGAUUCCCCACAACCCCAGGCAACACCCACCAUGACCAACACUCUGAAUACCACCCAACCAACAACAACAACAACACUUGGCUCAGCAUUAAGCUCACCGAAAAAAUCUGGACACGGACAAGAUGUAAAGCGCAUUACUUUUGAUGAGUCGUGUAAGAAAGAAUCCUUUGAUGAUGUAAAUCCAAACUAUCCGCAGAUAAGUGUAGUUGUGCGGCCGCCAACACCGUUGCGGGGAGACGCAAUCAAGCCAGUGAAUGCAGCAUCGGCCGCCAGUCUUUUGUCAGCCCGCAUGCUGCCGAUGGAGUUGAGACGGCAUUCGAGUCAUGCGACGACCAGCUUGACAGUGCGCGAACAUGCGGAAAAGGAUCGUCGACAUUCCAAUUACAAUCCGAACUUGUUGAAUCUAGAUCCAGAGCAUACGAAAUUCUUAAGCUCCUCACCGGCCGCCAGUCGACGCAUAAGCUGUGGCAGUCUGUUCAAGCCCAAUGAAGCGCUACCAAAUCUGCAGACAUUGAGAGGCUCCAAAUCUAGCCUUUUUAUGGGGUCAGCGCUCUUUGGCUUCGAUCAUUUCGGUGCUGGCGGUGUCAGUGGCACAAGUGGUGACAAAGAUCGCGACGACAAGGGCAACAAGGAUAGAGAGAAGUGUGCAGGUGAAGAAGGCGUUAGGAAAAUGCCGAUUAUCAAUCCACUUGUACGACUGCCAAAUUGGCCAACACUUGCGAAUGGCACUGGCUUCAUCUCCAAGUGCCUACUAGCCAAUGCAGAUACACUUUGUGCUGCCGUAAGUCCACUUAUGGACCCCGAUGAAACCUUGCUGGCAGGGUAUCAUGAGAAAUGUGUGAUGAAUAACUACUUCGGCAUUGGCAUUGAUGCUAAAAUCUCACUGGAUUUCCAUAAUAAACGCGAGGAACAUCCAGAAAAGUGCCGUUCGCGGGCCAAGAACUACAUGUGGUAUGGCGUUUUGGGAUCGAAGCAAUUGUUGCAGAAGACCUGUAAGAAUUUGGAACAACGCGUGCAAUUGGAGUGUGAUGGUCAGCGCAUACCGUUGCCAUCCCUGCAGGGCAUUGUAAUCUUGAAUAUACCGAGCUUCAUGGGUGGUACUAAUUUCUGGGGUUCCAGCAAGAAGGAUGACAUCUUCCUCACACCCAGCUUCGACGAUCGCAUACUCGAAGUUGUCGCCGUCUUCGGCUCUGUGCAAAUGGCUGCAUCACGUCUCAUAAAUUUGCAACAUCAUCGCAUCGCCCAGUGUCAGAGUGUGCAAAUAAAUAUUUUGGGCGAUGAAGAAAUACCCAUACAGGUUGAUGGUGAGGCAUGGCUCCAGCCGCCUGGCAUGAUACGCAUUCUACACAAAAAUCGCGUACAAAUGCUAUGUCGCAAUCGCAAUUUGGAGGUGUCGUUGAAAACGUGGCAAGAGAAGCAGCGACAGCAUAGCAUAUCAAUACAACGCGAGCAGUCGUCAACUGCCUCGGAGCAUGCCACCUCCACGGAUGAGGUGCUGUCGGAGCGCGAAUGUUAUGUACUUUUGAAUUUCAUUGAAGCAGUUAGUUCGCUUGUGAAAUGGGUGAAAUUCCUGAUUAUUUCUCAUCCAUCUCUGCAACACGAUCUCUACGCUGUUGCUUGCCGUGCAUCCGAUGCUCUCGAGUCGAUACAUCCACAGGGUAAAUUGCUGGAAGGUCCCACUCUACGCACCAAACUUGUGGAGGUUAUCGAUUCCUCGCGUCAAUUGUAUGAUGAUGCCUGCAAUUUGUUGCGCGAUCGUGGGCACAGUCUGAUAUUGCGUGAGGAUCUUGAGUUGAAAUUGAGUGCGGCCUUAGCGAAUAUGGAAAUGGAGUUGAAGAAGUGCUCAGUACAGAAAUGCAUCGAUGGAAAGUUGCGCGCUUACUUCAACGCUUUGGCGCCAAACGAAGAGGGCGAUGGCCGACGCAAAUCACGUCCCUUCUGGGUGCGUUUACGUUCCGGAUCUACAGUUGGCCAAACACAACUCAAACCGCAGCUGACAAAUACACGCGAAGCCGUUAGCAAUUGGAGCGUUAACGAAGUGGUCACAUGGCUUGAGACGAUGCAGCUAUCCGAAUAUGUGGAUAGUUUCCUAAAGAACGAUAUACGCGGCAAAGAACUACUUACGCUCGGACGUAGAGAUCUCAAAGAUUUGGGUGUUGUAAAAGUGGGACAUGUUAAGCGUAUAUUGCAAGCAAUCAAAGACAUGAGCGAGAAUUAAAGAGAUGGACAGAGAGAGAGAGAGAGAGAGCAGGCAUGGGAGAUGAGUAAAGGUUGGCCAAGCAAUCAAAAAUAUAAGCGUGAAUUUAAAAUAAUACGAAAAUUAAAUAAAUAUGUAGAAUGAAAAGCCUGAACAAAAUAGCCUAGAUGGGAUUACUGCAGUGCUGAACGAAUAACCCCUUGCAUGGAGCGAACUAACGUUCUUAACGAUUUUGAGGCAGCUUUCAACAUUUAAGUUGAAAAAUUAAUUUAAAAUGCUUAAGUAUAAGUGAUUAAAGUUAAGAGGAAAACGAUUGAAGUAUUAAAUUAAAACAAGCAAACUAUGCAUAAAACAAUCAUAUUUUUAGUAAAGAUAAGUUUAAAGAUUCUGUGAAGUACACUAAAGUGCGAAACAACAAAGAAUCAGAAUGUUAAGUAAAUUUUUCUGAUGUGCUUAAACGAGCUCCAUACGAUAUAUGCCUGCUAAGCACACACUUACACACAAAACCUACACACUAAUUUAACGAAAUGAGUUUUUUAGCCCUUCUUGCACUCAAAACCAACCAACAAACCAACAAAAAUCAUAGCUUAAGUGAUGAAUAAACGCGUAUUAUUUAAUGAAUUCUUAUUCAACAAAUUAAAUUAGUAUUACCGAGAUGCUAUUCGUUGAAAAUAAGUCACUAAUUUAAAUCUUGUAAUUUCGAGAAAAAUAAUAAAUUGUAUUGUUUUUCACCUAAACUCUUACAAUUUCGAGAAAAAGAGAAUUAAAACCCCCUUAUAUUGACCAUAACGCAAGUAUUAUAUAAAAAAAAAACGAAUUUAAAUGUAGUUAAAACGUGUAUUUUUUUUUUAG